UAACUGGUUGGUUGGCUCACGUGCAUCAAACAAAACACAGACGGUCGGUUGACAUGUCUGCAGACUGAAGGCUUCAGCGGUGAAGAGCAGCAGUGGCGGUGAAAGCCCAGGCCCUUUAAAGACGACUAACACUUUAUUAUCGUGUACAAAUCUCAAGUAGACACUGUCUGGUGAGACAUGGCAGAGGGAGGCUUUGACCCUUGUGAGUGCAUCUGCAACCAUGAGUAUGCCAUGAGGCGCCUCAUCAACCUGCUCAGGCAAUCUCAGUCCUACUGCACAGACACAGACUGCCCUCAGGAAUUGCCAGGCCCCAGCGGUUCAGUUGGUGGAGGAGGUGACCUGACGCUCCCCAUGGUUGUUAUGGGGUGGGUGGUGCUGGCUCUGGUCCUGUUCUUGUUGCGGCCAUCCAGUCUCAGGGGUCCUCGUCCCACAGGAAAAUCUCCCGGACCCCACAAUAGCGAUAGAAGAGAACCUCCAGCACCACCUAUUGACUAGCAGUGGAGCCAGAGAACCAGAACUCACCCACCUGCUCUGACUUGAGCUGCACAGUUAGUUAGUUACUGUGACCUGGACAACACCAUCUCCCUGUCAACUUUCAUCCAGAUUUCUUUUACUUUUUUUUUUUACUUUUUUUUCUUUUCUCCUAUUCUAAUGCUAUUAUGUUUUGGGGUGGAUCUGUCAAUGAUUCCUGUUACCGGAGCCCAGCUGAUGCUGGAUUGAUUAAGGGCCAAUACAUAUAAGAUAUUUUAUAGUCACAGACACACAACAUAAACUGUUAUGGCAAGAACCUUUCUUUUUUGACAAAGAAAAGAUUGAGGCAGGAUAAUUUUUUCUUAUGACAUUUGUCAAGUUGAAUUAGUAGAAAUAAGUACUGGAAAUGUUUUUUCCCCCCAAUAAUAAUAAUAAUAAUAAUAAUAAUAAUAAUAAUAAUAAUAAUAAUAAUAAUAAUCUAUCUUUAAACAGUCUGGUAAUACUGGUCGACAAUAUCAGCAUGUUGAUGCAUUAGCUGGGCUCUGUGUCUUUAAUGAGAUGGUCUGUUAUUGUUGUGAGUCCGUAUUUGAUGCCAGCUCUGGUGCUGACUGAGCUGCAGGAUCUCCAACAGGAACUUAAAAUGAAGGAAUGCAUCACAUGGGUGGGGUAGACGGGAGGGGUCGCUGAGAGUUCCCUUUGAGGCAGUUAAAUCUCUUAUUUUAGUGCUUGCUGAGUCAUGAAGGGUGGCGGGUUCUUCAGACUCUCUGAAACAUUCCACUCUUUCCACUUCACCACUCUGAUCAGUGCCAGUAAUGACAUCAUGUCACGUAAUGUUUUAAUAGCAUAUUAAAAGCCAGCAGAGUGAUCGCAUUUAAUGAAUUUACAUGGUUCAGUUUAAAUUCUAAAUUAGGAUCUAGUGCACAAUAACAUGGCGUUUUGGUUUAAAUGCAGUACAUGUAUCUUCUGUCUUUACAUCCAGGCCUUGGUUAGAUUACAUACUCACCCCAGCCAGCAAAUAGUCCAGUCUUCUUAUAUAAACAAUAUGUCUGUCCCUUUACGUAAUGGCAGGAUUGUUUAAGUGAUUAUGUUGGAAGUGACAGAUCUUAAAGAGUGUGUUUUUAAAUGUUUAAAGAUUUGACAGUUAAAUGCCAAAUGAACUGUGUAAGUGUGGUCUUUGUAAACAAUAUACUCAGCAUAAGCAAAUGAAGUUUUAAUCAUUCAAAUGAUUCCUUGUACUCAAUUUAAUUGUUUUGUGGUUAAAAGACAUAAAUGAUAAUUGUAUAUUGACUUAUUAGUAGCCGAGAACGAUAUUUUAUUAGCACUUUUGUUGUGGUAUGUCAGUUCCUUUUUAUGAAGGCUUGUUGUACUGAUUCAGCUGGCCUUGUGAAGACGAGGGCCUCUUCUUUUCUUACUGACAAUCACAGCAGUCUGAUUUUUAAAAGGAGACUUGAAGUUUCUACUUCAUAUCUUCUGUAUGAUAAAAUUUCAAACCAAUGAAAAGAGCCAGAAAAGGUCCAAUUCAAAACAGUGCCAAUGUAAGUUUAUAGUUCUGAUAUCAGUGCUCAUUUAGAGAACAAGUUCUUGUGAAGGAACAGCAAUAUAUGAAGUUAUUUUUCUUUUACAUUUUGUAAUGGGAAGAGGGCGAAUGGAUGAUCUUGACAAUUUCUCAUGACUCGUUUACACUAAAGGGUUCUUUUCUCACAGGAUUUGUUGAUUAUUAGAUUGCAGUACAUGAUAGUGGGUUCCAUAUUUUUCUUGUCACUGACUGUAUACUUGUCAGGCUAUUAAAGUGAACUGUGGUACCUGUGAUAUCAGAAGUGAAAUGGCUCAGAAGUCAAAUUAAAGGAUCCUUCUUGAAUUCAUUAUGUAAGAAUUGUGUAAGAACCUGUAUAUGAUGUGUAACAACUGUGGGCUGAGUUCAUCCCAGCAGUCAUCUGUAGCUGGCUCAUUUCCAUAUCAACGAAUGUCCUCUCAGAUUUCUGAUAACUACAUCUUUCGAGACUUGCUUGAGAGAUAGGGAGGGGGGAGAUAUAACGGAGGAUAAAGUCAAGAAAAGCAAAUGUGGUUAUGUAUAAGUUACAGGGAAGCCUAGAUUGUUGAGAUUGAGAAGCAGACUGUCUGGUACCACAGGAGACCUUGAUUUACACUGUUACUGUCUAAGAGAAAAAGGGCUUCAACUAUGCACUUUUCCUAUAACAAAACAAAAAAAUAAAAAUGAUUCAGUCUAACUGC